AAAGAAGAUGUGAGGAGGAAACACAUCCGUCUGCACAUGGAAGGGGCGCUGACUGCCCGGGACAAGGUCGGGGUUCAGGAUUUUGUGCUAUUGGACGCGUACACCAGCGAAUCUGCCUUUGUCGACAACCUCCGCAAGCGUUUCAGCAAGAACCUCAUAUACACAUAUAUUGGCACCCUCCUUGUGUCUGUGAAUCCAUACCAGGAGCUCGGAAUCUACACUGUGAGCCAGAUGGAACUUUAUCAAGGGGUCAAUUUCUUUGAACUGCCACCACAUGUCUACGCUAUAGCCGACAACGCUUACCGAAUGAUGUGUGCUGAACUAAAUAACCAUUUCAUCCUCAUUUCUGGAGAGAGUGGGGCAGGGAAAACAGAGGCCUCCAAGAAAAUUCUCCAGUAUUUUGCAGUGACCUGCCCAAUGACCCAGUCACUACAAAUAGCCCGCGACAGACUGCUGCUCUCCAACCCAGUGCUGGAGGCUUUUGGAAAUGCCAGAACGCUCCGGAAUGACAACUCCAGCAGAUUUGGGAAAUACAUGGAUAUACAAUUUGAUGUUCAGGGCAUUCCCGUAGGUGGGCAUAUCAUCAGUUACUUGAUAGAGAAGUCCCGGGUUGUCUACCAAAACGAAGGUGAGCGGAAUUUCCACAUCUUCUACCAGCUGCUGGCAGGUGGCGAAGAGGAGCGCCUGGCUUACCUGGGACUCGAGCGAGACCCCCAGCUGUAUAAAUACCUCUCACAGGGUCAUUGUGUCAAAGAGUCAUCCAUUAGUGACAAGAAUGACUGGAAAACUGUUUCCAACGCCUUUUCUGUCAUUGAUUUUACUGAAGCUGACCUCGAGAAUCUCUUUGGAAUUAUUGCCAGUGUCUUACACCUGGGGAACAUUGGUUUUGAAGAAGAUGACCAAGGCUGUGCCACUAUCCCAGACACCCACGAGAUCAAGUGGAUAGCCAAGCUCCUGGGGGUCCACCCAUCAGUCCUUCUGGAAGCUCUCACCCACAGAAAAAUUGAAGCCAAAACUGAGGAGGUGAUCUGCCCGUUGACACUAGAACUCUCUGUCUACGCUAGAGAUGCAAUGGCAAAGGCUGUUUAUGGACGAAUGUUUACUUGGCUGGUCAACAAAAUCAAUUCCUCCUUAGUUAACAAGGAUUUCACCAGGAAAACUGUAAUUGGAUUACUGGACAUCUAUGGGUUUGAAGUCUUUGACAAGAAUGGUUUUGAACAGUUCUGUAUAAAUUACUGCAAUGAGAAACUCCAGCAACUGUUAAUUGAGAGGACUCUAAAAGCAGAACAGGCAGAAUAUGAAAUGGAAGGCAUAGAGUGGGAGCCAAUUAAAUAUUUCAACAACAAGAUCAUCUGUGAUUUGGUAGAAGAGAGACAUAAAGGAAUCAUAUCCAUUCUGGAUGAAGAAUGCAUUCGGCCUGGUCCUGCUACAGACUUGAGUUUCCUGGAGAAAUUGGAAGAGAAAGUGGGCAAACAUGCACACUUCGAAACCCGUAAGCUGGCUGGUCCAAAAGGCCGAAAGAGGAUUGGCUGGAUGGAGUUCCGACUCCUCCACUAUGCAGGAGAGGUCACAUACUGCACCAAGGGAUUCUUGGAAAAAAACAAUGAUCUUCUUUACAGACAUCUGAAAGAAGUGCUGUGCAAGUCCAAGAACAUUAUCCUGAGGGAGUGCUUCCUGCUGGCCGAGUUAGAAAACCGGAGGAGGCCCCCAACAGUGGGGACUCAGUUUAAAAACAGUCUGAGCAGCCUUCUAGAAAUCCUCAUCUCUAAGGAGCCCUCCUACAUCCGUUGCAUCAAGCCCAACGACAGGAAAGAACCCAGCAAAUUUGAUGACUUCCUCAUAAGGCAUCAGAUCAAAUACCUGGGGCUGAUGGAGCACCUGCGGGUGAGACGGGCUGGCUUUGCAUACCGAAGGAAAUACGAGCAUUUCUUGCAAAGGUACAAGUCCUUAUGCCCAGACACCUGGCCGCACUGGCACGGGCCUCCAGCAGAGGGCGUGGAACGGCUGAUCAAGUACAUCGGCUACAAACCCGAGGAAUACAAGUUAGGCAAAACCAAAAUAUUCAUUCGUUUCCCCAGAACUCUGUUUGCUACCGAAGAUGCCUUUGAAUUUAGUAAACAUCAACUAGUUGCAAGAAUCCAAGCCACUUACAAAUGCUGCCUAGGAAGGAGAGAAUACGUGAAAAAAAGACAAGCAGCCAUCAAACUGGAAGCCCACUGGCGUGGGGCCCUGGCUCGGAAGGCAAUCCAAAGGAGAAAGCGGGCCGUGCGGAUUAUCAGAAAGUUCAUUAAAGGAUUCAUCAGUCGCAACAAACCCCUCUGUCCUGACAACGAGGAAUUUAUCAUGUUUGUGCGGAAGAAUUACAUCUUGAAUCUCCAGUAUCACCUUCCAAAGACUGUCCUGGACAAGAGCUGGCUGAGGCCUCCUGGCAUCUUGGAAAAUGCAUCAGAUCUGCUCAGGAAAAUGUGCAUGAGGAACCUGGUGCAGAAGUACUGCCGCGGGAUCACAGCUGAGCGGAAAGCGAUGAUGCAGCAAAAGGUAGUUACAAGUGAAAUCUUCAGGGGAAGGAAAGACGGCUACACAGAAAGUUUAAAUCAACCCUUUGUCAACAGUCGGAUAGAUGAAGGAGACAUUAAUCCAAAAGUGCUUCAGCUAAUUAGCCAUGAGAAAAUCCAGUAUGGUGUCCCGGUCAUUAAAUAUGACAGAAAAGGCUUCAAAGCACGGCAGCGGCAACUCAUUCUUACUCAGAAAGCAGCUUACGUGGUGGAACUUGCCAAAAUCAAGCAGAAAAUAGAGUACUCAGCUCUCAAAGGUGUCUCCACUAGCAAUCUGAGUGAUGGAAUCUUAGUCAUUCAUGUUUCACCAGAGGACAGCAAGCAAAAGGGGGAUGCCGUUUUGCAGUGUGGACAUGUGUUUGAAGCAGUUACUAAACUCGUCAUGCUGGUUAAGAAGGAGAACAUUGUCAAUGUUGUUCAAGGAAGUUUACAGUUUUUUAUUAGUCCGGGAAAAGAAGGCACAAUAGUUUUCGACACUGGACCGGAAGAACAAGUCUAUAAAAAUAAAAAUGGACAAUUAACAGUGGUGUCAGUCCGGAGGAAGUCCUGAUAGAGGAUGACGUCUGACCUCUACCAUCGCCAUUUUUGCUCCAACUGAGGAAACUACAGGGGAAGUGGGGAUUGGAUUCAGUUAGCUACCUCUUCAAGGUACCAGGCCCGCAGCACUAACAGAUCACAUCUGAAGAAACUGAGGGGCGUUAGGCCAAAGCCUAAUCCCAGCUCCUCAGCUGCCCCGUGGCACCUUAUUUAAAAUGUCACCUUCUGGAAGCAGACCCCAGGUCACCCGAAGGCGUAAUUCUAAACACCCUCGACAGGAUCUAUGUUCAGUGCGCAGUCCAACGUGUCAUUAGAGGGUGGGCAAGAUUCUCUACCUCUGUCAAGCUGCCCUGAGACAUGAUGAAAUACUGUGUACAGCAAGUUCUCAAAUAACAUUUCGUUAUAUGUUGAUAAGACAUCUGAUUCCUGGGCAGGGCCACUGUCUGGGUGGAGUCUGUAUGUUCUCCCCAUGUCUCUGGGUUUCUUCUGGGUGCUCUGGUUUCCUCCCACGUCCCCAAGGUGUGUGUGUCAGGUGCACUGGCAUGUCUAUGCGGUCCCAGUCUGAGUGUGGGUGCGUGAGCCCCGUGAGAGGAGGACAUCCUGUCCAGGGUGGGUCCCGCCUUCUGCCCUGAGCUGCUGGGAUUGGGCUCUGGCCAUCUGCAACCCUGAACGUGCAGGUUGGAGAACGAAUGAAUACAAAUUUUAUUGUAAAAUAAAAAUGUAUAUAAAGCA